AUGGUUGCAACCAUGCAGAUCUUUGUGAACACCCUCACCAGCAAGACCAUCACCCUUGAGGUUGUGCCAUCCGACACGAUCGACAACGUCAAGGUGAAGAUUCAGGACAGGGAGGGGAUUCUCCCUGACCAGCAGCGGCUCAUCUUUGCUGGCAAGCAGCUCAAGGCUGUUGCAGAUGAGGACACAUUCGUGCAGGCCGUUGCAGAUGAGGACGGGAACGGUGUGGUUGGAAUGGUUGGGCAAGACGGGGUCCCCGGCGCUCAACGCCUGCGCAUGCGCAGAGAGGGCCUCCGUGUCCUGGGAGUGGCCGUCGCUUCUCUGGCCGUGACGGGGCUACUGGCCGCUGGCGAGGCAACUCCUCCGGCGACGGGCGUUGCCCUGCUCACGGUGCUGAUAGGCGGCCUGUCCUCGCCACCAUACCAACGCUCCGUGGACGCAACAUGUAGCCAGUUCUGUAGCCGCGAGCUCGAGGGAGGUUUGAGACACUGA